AUGGAUUCGUUCGUCUACCACCACAGCCGCGCCGCACCGCCGACAUACGAUGAAAACCCCCCAUCGUAUGCGUUACCCGACGAGUCAUCCAUCCUCGAUGCUAGCGGUGAGGAUGCGCCAGCUUCGACACCUGCGCUUGUGCGCAGCAAUCCCUCGUCCGUGAGACUUUUGCCGUCUGGCGGAGAAAUUUUGGCGAGCGGGGAUGAUGCAUCCGAUUUAGGAAGUGAGGGCAGAUUCAGAAGGUCCCAGAACACACCUUCACGUCAACAGUAUGUAGAUCAGGGAAAUAAUUCCCCUUUUUUCAAUACUCGUCCCCCAGUUUCUACCCCAGUGAAGGGACACUCCGCAAUGGCAAAAAAGCCGGAAGAUACUGUUCAACCAGACCAGGAUGAUUGCACCGUUCCACCAGGCCCAACCCCUACGUUCCGUGAAGCCCCAAUGGCUUCUGCUGGUGAAGCCUUAGAUCUUCCAACAAUUCCCCCCAAAAGCAAGAAACAAUUGCGCGUCACCUGGAAGGACAUGGCCAUCGAGGAGGAAAGUUCUCCCACUCAAAGCACCCCAGGAUGGAUAAACUCUCCACGUUGCGGAAAACCACGGUCUUGGGAUAUAGUUCCUAAGCCUCUCCGUCUUAGCUCUCCUAAGCCCGCAGCCCAUAUGUUACCGAAACGCCAGGAUUUCCUUACCAAGUCAAUUACACUCUCACCUCUGGAGAAUCGACUAGAGACCCAGGACUUUUCUGGCCGUGAACAAUCUAAAUCGGAUGCUUUAACUGACAAUGUGCACAUUAGAAGCCCUAUUUCCAUGGCUCCGCCCUCGCCACAUCGAUAUCAUCCACUUCAUCAACAAUCCGCCUCAGCUUCCUCCAUCCCUCUCUCCCACCCGUCAUCUAGUCUCGGCCAAGCGCCCAGUAUGCUGCCAUCUGAUUCUGUCAUAGACGGCCCCCAUCUCCCCGCUCGAUCAAGUUCACCAACACGUCCCUGGACUCCUUCGAAGGGCCCGGAACGUUCACGGGCACGUGCUCCCCCGUCUGUAUCCAGUGUGAAUUACGAACCUGCAGAAAUUAACGGCAGUCCUAGACCUGGAACUCCCAGUUCCAGGUAUGGUGGGAGCCCAAGGCGGCCGCUACCCCCAGCCCCGUUGUUCACUGGGCCACCAGCGUCCUCUGCUGGCGAAACGAGUAUUGAUAUUGCCGAUGGAGGGGAUGACGAUGAUGGGGAUGACCCUUUUGUUGGGGGACGGAGAACGCGAAUAAACGACGCCCGUUCAAGUGUUCAGUCGUUCGAAACGUAUCUCACAGACUCUACAGUUGUUACCGAUGAAAAAGACAUGAUGAGUAAAGCUGACUUGGACGAUGACGAGGACGAGGAGGCAAAGUUGAAUGUACAUUAUGGCCCAGCGCCAACUGGGCGUCAGGAGCGUAGAGGGGUUCGCAAGGCGCAGAUGACGAAGAAGGAAGUUAGGCUUAUCAACGGAGAACUUAUUUUGGAAUGCAAAAUCCCCACAAUAUUACACAGCUUUCUUCCUCGCCGAGACGACCGCGAAUUCACCCAUAUGAGAUAUACGGCCGUCACCUGCGAUCCGGAUGAUUUCACGGUUCGGGGGUAUAAGUUACGACAAAACAUUGGGAGCACAAUGCGUGAAACGGAGUUGUUCGUGUGCGUGACGAUGUACAAUGAAAAUGAGAUUCAUUUCACGCGUACCAUGCAUGGUAUCAUGCGAAACAUCACCCACUUUUGUUCUCGGACUAAAUCUCGAACCUGGGGGAAAGACGGUUGGCAGAAAAUUGUGGUCUGCAUCAUUGCUGAUGGCAGACAAAAGGUACAUCCGCGCACAUUGAAUGCUCUUGCGGCCAUGGGCGUCUACCAGGAUGGGAUAGCCAAAAAUAUCGUGAAUCAGAAACCGGUCAAUGCCCAUGUGUAUGAAUACACCACUCAAGUAUCUCUGGACCCGGAUCUUAAAUUUAAAGGUGCAGAGAAGGGGAUAAUGCCGUGUCAGAUCAUUUUCUGUCUGAAGGAGCGCAAUGAGAAGAAACUCAAUUCGCAUCGAUGGUUCUUCAACGCUUUCGGGCGCGCCUUGACUCCCAAUGUCUGCAUCCUUCUUGAUGUCGGGACUAAGCCGGCGCCCACCGCUCUUUACCAUCUCUGGAAAGCGUUCGAUCAAGACUCAAAUGUCGCGGGAGCUGCCGGGGAGAUUAAAGCUGGCAAGGGCAAAGGGUGGCUGGGUUUGUUUAACCCGCUCGUCGCUUCUCAGAAUUUCGAGUAUAAGAUGUCGAAUAUCCUGGAUAAACCGCUCGAGUCUGUUUUUGGAUAUAUUACGGUGCUCCCAGGCGCGUUGAGCGCGUAUCGAUACCAUGCUUUGCAAAACGACAGCACGGGGCACGGGCCAUUGAGCCAGUAUUUCAAGGGAGAGAUGCUUCAUGGCAAGAAUGCAGAUGUGUUUACUGCCAACAUGUACCUCGCCGAAGAUCGGAUUUUGUGUUGGGAGUUGGUGGCUAAGCGAGAGGAAAGAUGGGUUUUGAAGUUCGUGAAGAGUGCGGUUGGGGAGACAGACGUUCCGGAUUCCGUUCCUGAGUUCAUCUCUCAACGGCGACGAUGGCUCAAUGGCGCUUUUUUCGCGGCCGUGUAUUCGCUUAUACAUUUCCGCCAGAUUUGGCGGACGGACCAUACCAUUGCGAGGAAGAUUCUAUUGCACAUCGAAUUUCUGUAUCAGUUUGUUUCUUUGGUCUUUACUUUCUUUUCUUUGUUAAAGCUCAGCAAGAAACCGAUGGAAGAGCGCCUGAAACUGGGCAACAACACCUUCACCAACAUCAUCGUCUCCACCCUCUCAACCAUCGGCUUAUAUUUUUUCAUGUCUUUCCUCUACCUAGAUCCCUGGCACAUGUUCACCUCGUCCGCGCAGUACUUCGCCUUGCUGCCAAGCUACAUCUGCACCUUACAGGUCUACGCCUUCUGCAACACCCAUGACGUCACAUGGGGUACCAAGGGUGACAACAGCAUCCACACCGACCUCGGCGCAGCACGCAUCACCGGCUCCUCCACUGUAGAGCUUGAAAUGCCGUCAGAACAGUUAGAUAUCGAUAGCGGCUACGACGAGGCGCUACGUAACCUGCGCGAUAGGCUCGAGGUACCAUUGCCAGAGCCAUCGGAUGCUCAGAUGCAGGAAGACUACUACCGCGCGGUGCGCACGUACAUGGUGUCAGUCUGGGUUAUCGCAAAUGCGAUUCUCGCCAUGGCUGUAUCAGAGUCCUUCACUGAGAAAUCUGCGGGCAGUAACGGGUACCUGGCCUUUGUGCUGUGGAGCGUGGCUGGGCUAGCGCUAUUUCGAGCGUUGGGGUCCGGGGCGUUUGCAAUGCUGAAUCUUGUUCAUCAGGUCAUGGAGGGGAAGAUGAAGUUUGAUGCGGCGGGGGGUACGGGUUAUGGGUAUGGUGGAUUUUUAGGGGGUGUGGGUAGUGGUGGAACUAUGGGGACUGGGUCCAGUGGAACUGGAAGCUCUGUUGGGAGGACAUCUCCCGGGAGGAGUGUUGGAGAGGCGGUCAGUGAUUGGGCGAGUGAGGCUGGCUGGACGGUGAAGAGGACAGCUGGGAAGUUGAGGUUCUGGAGAUGA